AAGCCACGCCGACAAGCCGGCAGAGUUCUUACCCAGAUAUGCCAAAGUUCAUCUCAUCGACAGAAUUACAUGAUACCUUAACCAUAAGGCUGGUGGGCUAAUAGUUGGUACAGAAUGUCUGAAUGCAAACGCUCGGAUGUGGGGUUUAGGGCGGAUGAAUUCUUGGACGGAGGGGAGGUAUGAGGUAGCAAGACAGUCGAGCACUGAUGACUUGGGCUUCGGUCUCCUGCGACACUAUAAUUUCCAAAUCCAUACUCCUCAACUACAGCAGUCACGAUGGUAAUGAAUGACCAAACAGUAGUGUGUGAAACACCAGACUUCUCACAUGUCGAAAAGUUUGGUCUUCUGUUUGGAUAUCCAAUCGCGCACUCAUAUUCGCCAUUGAUGCACCAGACUGUCUAUGACAACAUCGGCUACAAGUGGCAGCAGUUUCUACUCGAGUCAACGGACAUGUCGCAUUUCCUUGAGCUCAUGAGCCAUCCAAAGUUCUAUGGCGCUUCGGUGACUAUGCCUCACAAGGUCACGAUACUAUCGCACCUCGACGAAUUGACCGACGAAGGAAGAGCAGUAGGAGCUUGCAACACUGUUUUUCUAAAACAUGUUGACAACAGGCGGAUCUACGUGGGGACAAAUACCGACAUCAUCGGAAUCAGGGAUGCCUUCUGGCAGAACAUGCCGGAUCGAGACGCCUUCCAAGGGAAACCAGCUUUGGUUGUCGGUGGUGGAGGUGCUGCUCGUAGUGCUAUCUACACCUUGAAAAUCUUCAUGAAGGCAACCACUGUCUACUUGGUCAACCGCGAUAAAGCCGAAGUCGACGCUGUUAUCUCUUGGUGCGGCGACCACGGUUACGGAGAGGGUUUGGUCCACGUUGCGACCGUUGACCAAGCACAUGCAGCCCAGAGUGUCGGUGCAGUCGUGGCGUGUGUGCCCAAUUUCACUCCAGCGAGUGCAGCAGAGAUCGAAGCUCGUAACAUUCUGGUGACCUUCCUCGACAAGUCCAAGGGAGCAAUCCUUGAGAUGUGUUACCAUCCUAAGCCUUGGACUCAGAUUUCUGAGCUGGCUGAGAAAGCUGGCUGGAAAGUGAUCUUGGGUACUGAAGCCAUGAUCUACCAGGGUUGCGCACAGGAUAGCUGUUGGACCGGUAAAACUAUUGCUGGACUGCCCGUGACAGAGGUAAAAGCAGCCAUUGCAGAGAAACUGAAGGCACCAGACUCAUGAUGCUAUCUCAAUGUCCUGGAAGCCAAGGGGAUAGAGAUCGUACUACAUGAAUAUCAGACAUUUCCCGGUGGCCUCCAGCCGACCAGAUUGCAUCGUCCACUGAUCCUGAUCACAGUGAAAGUCGACCGCAGCAGGCGCAGCUGUCAAAAUAUCACUGCCGAGGAUUGCGUGACCGCCAAGGUAGCGUAGACCUGAACACUCAGCUGUCUUGCGCUCACGGUUCGAGCCAAAGCUUUUUCCUAGGGCACGGCCAGAUG